CACAGCUGAGGACAUUCAGAUAUACACUUAUGAGUGCCUGACUUAUCAGGUCAUGAAAGAAUCUAAGAAAGGAUUAGAAUAUAAGAAAAUAUAUUACUUCAUGAAAGCAGUUUCAGAGAUAAUAGAGAAGAUGAUGACAAAGUUUCUAUAUAAUGAGAUCUAUAUUAACUAUGAAAUGUCAUGUAAGAUUCUAACUGAUAAUGAUGUAAAUCUUAUAGAAGAAGUGAUAAGGCAUUUCAUAA